AUGAGUAGCUCCGGGGUAUUUCAAGUUACUGAUUCUUUACCAUGCGAUGAAUCCAGCGACAUCAACUACAAUGGCUCCGGAACCCAAGACACAAAAUCCUUGACAGACCCGCCUGCUUCCUCGACAAGGCCUUUUGUCGAGUUCCAAUCGAAAACCAUCGCCCCAUCGCCACCUGCCUCACAUUUAGCCUUCCACCAGCACGUGGAUGGCAGACAAGAGAUAAGCUCGCCUCUUCGCAUCUCCACUGGUGUUUCUGCCCCGAUUCCUAUACAAGUUUCUGCGGGACAUCGCGAAUCUCGCGCUGCCAAUCUCGGCCUGUCACCACCACCAGCAUUCGAUCAGAAGGCUUCUCCAAAUAAUCUUCGUCCUAUCUCUCGAACUCCCAGUAUUAAGGCUGCGUUUGCCAACUAUUCCAGCUCUCUGGGGGGAUCCAGCGGAAGCUUUUCCAGCCCCGUUAUCGCGGCAAUGGGAGACAUGACCCCACUGCCCAGCCCAUUACUCUCCAGUGAUUCUCCUGGGCCCUGGAAGAAACUUAACGCUGGCUCCUCACCUCCUCAGACCAGAAGCAAAUUUCCCAGUAUUGAAUGCGCGCCCCAAGGCAGUGUCGAUGCGGUAACCAACGGCCAGACUGUGCGGACUGAGGCUUCCUCAGCUAGUCCAACCAGGCGCAAGCAAUACGGCAGAUUGGACGAAUCCGACAACCCUCCGACUACAACGCAAUUGGCUGAGCCUGGCCAAUCACCACGUGUUCACCAUACAAGGAACCGGAGCGUCAGUGAAUAUGUCCCGGAACCAUCACCAUCACACCGACACCUGAUCGCUGUGUCCGGACCUCAUAUCAGUCGUAAUAUAACACCAGAUAAUCAUGAGUCACGAAUGAGGAGAGAAAUCAACUUUGCCGAAUCACGAGGAAUUACUUCCCUAGCUAGUCAGCCGCCAACUCCGCCACCCAGUGAAUCUUCGAAAGAGUCUGUCGAUGGCAGGAGAUCCAAGGACGGUGAUCAGGAGUGGUUUGAAGCCCGGGGCAGGCAUGACCAAAAACGACGUCGUUGGAGGUCAAUUGGGUUCCUUGGCCAAGGAACCUUUAGCCGAGUGAUGCUCGCAAGCAGUCAAAUUCUGUCGACAGAUUAUUCACAGGAUCAGCCUAUCGAAGCUUCCUCUCCUCUUGUGGCAGAUAAAGGGAAGCGAAAGAAGCUUGUCGCCAUCAAAGUCUGCGAGCAUGGCCCUCGGGGUGGCGCAAGUGAAGAGCGUAUUGAGAUGAGUCUCAAAAGAGAACUGGAGAUAAUGCAAUGCAUACACCAUCCGUCUUUGGUUAACCUUAAAGCAUGGAGCAUUGAGCCAACCAGAGCUAUUCUGGUUCUCAGUUACUGUCCCGGUGGAGAUUUGUUCGAUAUGGCAACCAUUCACAGAAGGCUUUUCACGCCAGCUCUUUUGCGCAGAGUGUUUUCUGAGCUAGUGGGCGCAGUCAAGUACCUCCAUGAGAAAAAGAUUGUCCAUCGAGACAUUAAACUAGAAAAUGUCUUGGUCAACCUGACCCCAAUGGAACUGGCGGAUUCUUCUGUCGACUGGAUGAAAUUUCCCACAUCUGUAAUAACGCUUGCGGACUUGGGGUUAUCUCGUCGAAUUGCAGACGACGAGAAGCUAGAAACCCGAUGCGGCUCAGACGACUAUGCCGCACCUGAAGUCAUCAUGGGCCAACCGUAUGAUGGUCGUGCAAUUGAUGCAUGGUCCCUUGGGGUUCUUCUUUAUGCCCUCUUGGAGUCUCGCCUCCCUUUUGAUCCGCACCCUGGCAUGAGUGAUGCACAUCGCAUGCGUAGCAGGACAAGCCAUCGCAUCGCCAGAGUAGAAUGGCGCUGGGUCGAAUAUUCGGGGGAGGAUGGCGAGCAUGAGGCCAAUAUAACCAUGUUCAAAGAGAGGGGUCUUCUUGGUGCCAUGGAAAUCACUGAAGGACUGCUGAAGCGUGCUCGCAGCCGUUGGACCAUGGAUCAUGUGGCAAGCCAACCGUGGGUUCAUGAUGCCAUCCAAGUCGAGGGUGGCAUAAAAUUCAGAGACGAAGAUGAAGGACAGGAAGUCUAG